CGGACAGUGCGCGGGCGCUGCGCGGGUGCUGCGCGGGGCGGUGCGCGGCCAUUGCGCGGCAGCGGGGAUGGGCGGCGCGGUGCCGGUGCCGGUAGCGCUGCCGGCGGUGCUGCUGGCCGUGCUGGCGGCGGGGCGCUGCGCGGCGCAGUACGAGCAGUACAGCGUGCGCGGGUUCCCCGCGGCCGCGCUGGAGCCGCUGCAGAGCGCCUACGAGCGGGCGCUGGAGCAGUACGCGGACGCGCAAUGGGCGGAGAGCGCCCAGGGGCUGGAGGCCAGCCUGCGGCUGCACAGGCUGCUGCGGGACAGCGAGGCGCACUGCCACCGCCGCUGCGCCGGGGAGCCCCCCGGGGAGCCCCCCGCGGGGCAGCGGGACCCCGCGGGGGAGUGGGAGCGGGAGAUGCGGCUCUUCGGGCGGCUGCUGCUCCGCGCCGGCUGCCUGCGCGCCUGCAAGCGGGAGCUGCCCGUGUUCCAGCUGCGCUACCCGCCGGCGCAGACCCUGCGCGACUUCCAGCGCCGCCAGCCCUACCAGUACCUGCACUACGCGCUCUUCAAGUCAAACAAGAUCAAGAAAGCCGUGUCUGCUGCCCACACCUUCCUGCAGAAAAACCCCAAGCACGAGAUGACCUUGAGGUACCUCAACUACUACAGGACGAUGCUGGACGUGGAUGAAUACCUGGUCGACCUGGAAGCUCAGCCCUUUGAGCCGAUAUUCGUGCGGUCAGUGAAGCUGUACAACAGCGGCGAUUUCCGGAGCAGCGCAGCCGACAUGGAGCAGGCUCUGGCCGAGUACUACAAGGCCUACGAGGAUUGUCUGGCCGGCUGCGAGGGCGCCUACGAGCUCCAGGAGUUCAAGGACUUCUACCCUGCCAUCGCAGACCACUUUGUGAGCGUCCUGCAGUGCAAGGUGGACUGCGAGAGCGAGCUCACCCCCAACGUGGGCGGCUACUUCGUGGAGAAAUUCGUGGCCACCAUGUACCACUACCUGCAGUUCGCUUACUACAAGCUGAACGAGGUGCAGGACGCGGUGCGCAGCGUCUCCAGCUACAUGCUCUUCGACCCGGGCGACUCCGUGAUGCAGCAGAACCUGGUCUAUUACCGCUUCCACCGCGAGCGCUGGCGCCUGCGCGAGGAGGACUUCGAGCCACGGCCGGAAGCCGUGAGGUACCACAACCAGACGGCCGCCCAGAAGAAGAUGCUGGAGUUCGCCCGGCAGUACCUGCAGGAUGAUGAUGAUGAGAUGGAGGUGGAUGGUGCUGAGGGGCUGCAGGAGCAGGACCUGCCCUCCGAUGGCGAGUUCGAGGGUGAGGGUGACUACGAGGAAGGCUUCUUCUCAGAGUGGUGGCAGGAACCCAAGACCAAAGGAGACAAAGACGACCAAGAGAUCCUAUGAUGAGCCAGGUGAAGGGGGAGCCAGCUGGAUG